AUGGAGCAUUGCAUGACCAAGGUGUUGCUUGCUGGCAUCUGUGAGGUAUCGAAGCAGAUCCCUCCGGCCGCGAAGAGGGGGAUGAAGCACACUGGAGUCCGGAUAUAUGCUGGCGAGAUAAGCAUUGGCGUGGUCUUGAAAAGGCUUGAAGACCCAUUGUCGCCACCGGUUGCUCUUGAUCCGAGAGUACUCAUCAAAGCGAAGAAUGUGGCGGAGAGGUCGCAGUUGAUACAGGACCUCGCACAGUCGUGCAGUGAUGCGCUCGAGGAGAUCAUGAAGGAGGAUUUGGAAGGAUUCCUCAGGCAUCCAUGCACUGACGAGAAGUGCUUUUUGAGGCGAUUCUUCCCAAAGGUGGAGCAUUGCUGCCAUCGGGUGGAUUGUCCACAUCAUGAGCUACAUCGCCCGUCGCCUAUCAAGUCCGUCGUGGACGGGAUGAACAGGGAAGACUGGGGAGAAGAAGGACAUGUCAUGUCUCGUGAGGAGAUCGAUGAUUUGAUGCUUGAGGUUGGUGCAGGCGAUGCGUCUGAUGCGACGUCGCACAUGUCGUCAAUCUUGAAUCGGCUGUCUGCAGUCGUCGUUUUGGAGAACGCGUCGUCGCUGAUGAGCCAGUGCUUGCUCUCUCCGACGGAGGUUGCUGCACCGCACCUGUUUUGUUCGUCGUCGGUGGCAUAUGAGGCGAAGCCAUUCGAGAAAAAGGUCCCGGAAAUAUUCCAGGAUGUGGUGGGAUCAAAGACGAAUUGGGUAUGCCCUGCCAUCACGGUCAUGAAGGAGUUGCCACCACCAAAGGAUGAGCCUCGGACAUUCAAGCUCACGAGGAGUGAGAUGGACGUGAGGAAGUUCAUCCUCUGUGUUGCUCGGAUAUUUGGUCUCGACCAAAUCUUCUGCGACAUGGCAUGGGCUGCGGUAAUGUCAUUUGUAGAAGGUGGACCUCAUCUCCUUGUGGCGCCGACCGGGCGCAUCGCCUGGGCUGGCGCGGCUCCGAGCGGAGAACAUAGGGGCCCGGCUGCGACGGAUCAGAAAGGUUUCGAUGUCGAGCUCAUCGAUCAAACAGAGGCGCUCUGUGUGGCUGUGGCUGAGUCUGGUCGUGGUGCCUCUGCACAGGGGUUCCUGGCUGAGCCAGACCAAGUCGAGGAGUGGGCGAGCCAGUGGUGGUCCAAGCUGCAGCCUAUGAUCUGCGGGCCUUCCGGGGCUGUCUCAGUCUCCAGCUCCUUCGCUGCCAGCAGCUUGGACACGGUCAACGAGGUGCUGGACUGUGGGGUUGUGAACCAGCUGGCUGAGGAUGCUCGAGAAACCAGGCGGGACGAUGAAGCCGUGGAAGAGAUGCAAGCCAGGUACGAAGCGGACGAAGACGAGUACUACAAAGGGGUGGAGAAAGCGGUGGAACUUCACAUGGGGGAGGAAGAAGCUCGGCGAAGUCGGGAGUGGGACGACUGGGCGGUCUUUGAUGAGAAACACAACAAACCUCCCCAAAACCACAGGAAGAGGUUGUUCGUGCACGUGAACAUGGGAGUGACGAAUGGAGGCACGGGGGUGGAAAGGCGAUGGAAAGUUCCAGUCCUCCCGGGUCAACAGAUCCAUAUCGGCAUCCAGCAGGAGUCGGAGUCUGACGUGGAAACGAUUCCAGCCAGCAUGGAGGCUCCGGGGAGCGAGCCCGGAAAAGCACAUGGAGGGGCGGAGCAGACCCGGCAAGUGGACCUUGAUGUCACAGUCCCCCUCUCCUUCCCGGCCUUCCAGGAGGUGUAUGAACGUUGGAAAGCUGGCACGGAGAGCGAGGAAGCAAUCCUGUCCCGGUAUGGGCCUGCAACCCUGGACAUGAUGCAAACACAAUUGCUGGUUGCGAGCACGGACGAGCCUGGCCGCCAAGAUCGAGGGCAACCGAAUGGCGAGAUGCUUGCUGCGACCCUCCUGGAUGCUAUUUUGGACGAGUCGAACGGGGCGGUCCUUGAGGAGGCUUCGCAGGUCGGUCUGGAGGGUGUGAAGCCUGCAAUGGGUGCGGAUGAGCUCGGAAUGCAGGGGGUGACCGGUGAGUGUAAGGGCGACGAGCAAGCCGAGGGCAAGGUUGAUGGUGAGCACAGUACCGAAACGCAAGGGUGA